AUGGAUGCCAACAAUUUUGUGAUGUCUUCCUAUCAGUUCGUUAAUUCGAUUGCCUCCUGCUAUCCUAACAACGCACAAAACACAAAUAGCUCACCGAAUACGGCGGGAAGCCAAGGUGGUCAAAGUGAUGGAUACUUCCCACCCUCCGCAUACACUCCAAAUAUUUAUCCCGGCACGCCACACCAAGCUCACUACAGCCCUCAAACGUACAACCCGCUCGCAGGGGCUGGAGCAACCAGCGUAAACAGUGCUAGUGCAGGCUCUGUAGGUGGUGGACAUCAGCCUAGCGACAUGGUCGAUUACACACAGUUACAACCACAAAAAUUCCUCCUCUCGCAGCAACAGCAACAACAGCAGCAGCAGCAACAACAGUCCACCCUUAAUUCGCAAAGUUGUAAAUAUGCCAGUGAUGGUCCUAGUUCAGGUACAAAUGUAGUUAAUAACAACAAUAAUAAUAGCACCACAAGCCCUCAGGAUUUGAGUACGGCUGGUGGAGGAGGCAACGGCAACGGAACAAACGAUGGCAAUAGUGGUAGGACCGAGAUUUCGCCAAAACUGUCACCAGGCUCGGUGGUGGAAAGCGUAACCCGAUCACUAAAAGCUGGCAAUCCAUCCACGGCCGUGAGUUCGAGCAACACGAACAACAAUACCAGCAACAUUAGCAAUCGAAAUCAAGUCAACUUGCCAUUGGGUAGCCCGGAUGAUGAAUCGGACGCUAGCGACGAUGAUAGCGGUACGGAAGGAGGCAGCUCUCAAGGAGGCGGUGGAAAUGGUGGCAAGAAAGGAGGACCUCCACCUCACAUCUAUCCAUGGAUGAAACGUGUGCAUAUCGGACAAAGUACGGUGAACGCUAAUGGAGAAACCAAGCGCCAGCGCACCUCUUACACACGUUAUCAGACGCUCGAACUGGAGAAGGAGUUUCACUUCAACCGAUACUUAACUCGCAGAAGACGGAUCGAGAUAGCGCACGCCCUCUGUCUGACUGAGCGACAGAUCAAAAUCUGGUUCCAGAACCGACGGAUGAAGUGGAAGAAAGAACACAAGAUGGCCUCGAUGAAUAUUGUUCCGUAUCACAUGUCGCCGUACGGUCAUCCUUAUCAAUUCGAUAUUCAUCCUUCACAGUUCGCGCACCUGAGCGCAUAG